AUGGCGCAAUUUUGCAGGUGCUUUUGGUCCAUCGCUGCUACAUGCUUACCGACCAGCCCGGCCCGGGGAGAGCUCAGGAUCCUUCGUCGGCGUCUCAAGGGAGGGAGAAGGACAAGGAGCAGGUCUCGCUAUGCCCCGUCUGCGUCCCGGCGGCGAGCUCCUCCGCUCCAGAGGUUGUCCUAUUUCUCGACCUCGACGACGGAGAACAGCGUGCUGGGUAGUCUCUUCGAGCUCGGGUUGAGUGACAUCGAGGGGCGAGAACCUGUUAAGAAGAAGGUGAAGGAGGAGGAGGAGUCGCCGCUCAACGAGAUCCUGCAGGAGAUCAAGCACUUGCCCUUCCUGCCCCUGGUGGAGGUGAACGACACGUUCGCGGAGAACGAGCUGGGCGAAGGCAACCCCCUCCUCGGGUACCUGGACUCGAUCCGAGGGGACGCGUGGGCGCAGUUCAAGUCCCUGGCCGUCAGCUACACCAACUGGCUCGAGGACGAGUACAAGAUCCAGGACUUGACGGAUCAGCUGCCGCUCGACCUGAUCAAGAAGGUGCUGGACCUGGGCGACAGGGUCAACUUCCUGCACGUCGUCGGCAAGAGGGUGGACCCGGGGCUGGCCAAGUACAUCGCCGACCAGCUGCAGCCGGUGUUCAACCGCUUCGACAGCCUGGGCGCCGGCCGGGUCCUCAACGGGCGGGUGUCCUCGCUCGUGGGCGGCAUUGUGAGGGACGCCGCAUGGAAGACGCUGCACCAGUUCGUGGGUCACGUCCUGAAGGUCGCCGAGCGCGUGGUGUCCAAGGAGGACAUCGAGGCCUUCCAGGAGGACCUGGCGAAGAACAGCCCCAUCGUGGCCAAGGGCCUCCAGUUCAUCAUGAGCGGCCAGCCCCUCAUGGCGUCCGGGGCCACGGGCCGCUCCAUGUCCAACCGAGGCUACAGGGACUACUACGACGACGGCUACGGCUACGAUGGACACAGCAGCCACGGCGGCGGCUACGGAGGCUACGGCGCCUAUGACGACUCGUACGGCUCGUCCAUGCACGGGAGCUACGGCUACGGCGUGUACCUGGACCCGUACCUGAUCCUGGGGGGCAUCGGCGCCGCGGCGCUCCUCGCCUUCCUGGCCUACCGCCUCAUCGUCACGACCGCCAGGAGGAGGCGUCGCAGUGACGACCUCACGCUCAUGGACCUCUCCGACAUGCCCAACAUCGUCUACUCCUUCUACAACAUGCUCGAGUCGGCCGAGAGCAAGUACGGUGGCGCCGAGGACGACUCCGACGACCUGCCUCGCCUGGACGACUCCGACGACUUGGCCGAGGGUCUCAAUUCCCUGUGGAGGGAGUUCGCCGACGGGGAAGGCUGCGUCCGCUGCUCGCUCUUCGACUUCGUCCAGAGCCACUUCUUCACCGGACUCAACGUGGCCGACAGUCUGGCCGUCGCCAGCGUGGCCCACCUCCUUGGCGCCGAGAAGUCAGGCCAGCUGGUCGACCAGGUCCAUGGGCUCAUGAUCGAAGGCCAGGAGGUGACGUGCGCGAGAGAAGGGAAGCACUGCGAUGUCAAAUAGACGUCGGUUCUGUGGGUGAUUUCGACGCUCGUUAGGUAGUUAGCUGGUUCGUGUUUGUGCAAUAUGUUUUUUUUUUCUAAGUAUGAAGGUUUGUAUUUUUUUUCUAAAGUAUGAAGGUUUGUAUUCAUACUUGGUAAUAUAGUUCAAAUGAGGAAGAUUGUGGCAUUUUUUUAAGCAUUGUCGAAAUUUGGUUAUUAAGAGCGGAAUUGUACAUUAUUGUUGUUAUUCUUUGUUUUUUAUAUCAUUAGACUAGUUUACUAUUCUUAUAUCUUCAUAUUCUUUAAUUUCAUUUGCACAGCCAACAUGUAUUGUGGGGUUAAUAUUGAAAGAGUCUGAUCUGAUACAAGAAGGAUUUUCAAAAUUUUAUGAAUUCCAAGUUCUAUUAAUCCAGCAGUAAAAUUAAUAUCAUGAACAGAGACUUUGUAAAAAAUUAUCUGAAAUCUCAAGAAGCAAAUUCGUGUAAUUUUACAAAGCUUCUCAAUGUUCACGAUAAGACAAGAACCAAAAUGUUCUUAUUACUGUUUAUCAUAUCUUUCAUCUUUCGUUGUAUUUUUAGUAUCA